CAUGGGAUUUAAAAGAUCCACCCCUGUAAAUUGUUCGAUGUAAUCAGGUGGAAUAACCACAGAUCGAUGUCUGAAUGUUGAAGAACCGGCGAUAUAUUCCACUACGUCCCGACAGAACCUCCCGUAACUAUGGCAAACAAAUACCAAGCCAAGAGCCCGGAUUUCGUCGACUUGGGUUCGGUUGGGAUAGAUUUCGGAGAGGAUGAAGAUUCGGGUGGAUUUGAGUAUCACAAGCUUACAGAUAAACAGCUUAAAUUAUGUAAAGAAUGUUUCGAGUUCUUUGACAAGGACCACAGUGGCGCCAUUGAGAAAGCCGAGCUGAUCACGGUGAUGCGAGCAGUAGGACUCAACCCGUCCAAAAAAGACGUGGAGAAAAUGAUCAAGUCAGUUGCAGAGAAGGGAAACGAGUCCAUAUCGUGGCCAGUAUUUCAAGAACUACUCAGCAGCUCCUGGAAAUCAGUGAAACAAAGUAAACUAGAAAUGUUGGCCUCCUUCCACAUAUUUGACAUCAACAAGGAUGGUUACGUGGACGCCUCAGAAUUGAAGAAGACCCUGACCAGUAUGGGGGAGUCCCUCACUGAAGAAGAGGCUGAGGUUCUUCUAAGAACCGCGGACACGAAUGGUGACGGGAAAAUUGACUAUAAAGAGUUCGUGAAUAUGAUUUGCGAGUUUUGAAAACGAGAAAGACGCAAUGGAUCUCUUUCUGUUUCUGCUAGCAGAGCGAACUCGUAGAACGCAUGCAUGCAGGUUCUAUUCUGAGAUCUGCGGCCGAUGGAGGGUUUAUAAACGGUAGCCUGUUCUAUUUACAUGUUGUACGUGUGUUUGACUGGUGACUUUGAUGGCGUGACUGUGACCAGAAACUUUUUCAUAGAUCAACAUUAUGAGUUACGGUUCAUCAUUUUAAAUACAUUUUCAUUUACAUGUAUAUUCUUGAGAAAAAUGAUUAAAAACCCGAAAAAAAUA